CGCACGCCGCUGCUGUUGCUCGCCAUCGCGGCGGCCCUGCUGCUCCGCACGCGCAUCGUGACCGCGCCUGGGGACGCGCUGCGUGCGCUGCGCGCGGCGAGGGGGGAGAGGGGGAAGACGCUGAGCAAGGAGGAGCGCGCGAGGGCGCUGCAGCAGGUUUAUGUCGAGGGGCCGGGCGGGGAGAAGACGCUGCUGGUGCCGUUCCGGGAGGACAUCGUGAAGCUGCGAGUUAGGGAGACCCCCGCGGCGCUGUUCGAGGAGAACAGGGAGCGCUUUGCGCUGUUGCCGGCCGCGGCGCAGGUUAGGCCGAACGUGGAUCGCGCGUUCGCGCGGCAGCUGCUUGCGAUUUUGAGGAUCGCGUUCCCGUCGUACCGCACGCGGGAGACGGCGAUCGUCGCGCUGCAUAGCGUGUUUUUGGUGCUGAGGACGGUGUUGAGCGUCGGGGUGGCGAGGCUCGACGGGCGGAUCGUGCGGGAUCUGGUGAGUGCUAAUGGGAAGGGGUUCGUGCGCGGUCUGGGGUUGUGGUUCCUGCUUGCCGUGCCGAGUAUCUAUACGAAUUCCAUGAUCCACCAUCUCCAAUCCCGCCUCUCGCUCCGCCUCCGCACCAAGAUCACCCGCUACACGCACGACCUCUACCUCUCCGCGGACCCGCACCUGCGCUACUACCGCGUCGCGGGCGAGGGCGGGCUCGACGGCGUCGACCAGUACCUGACCGCGGACAUCGCGAGCUGGGCGGACAGCGUAUCGGGGCUGUACGGGAACGUGCUCAAGCCGCUGCUCGACCUCACGCUGUUCACGUCGCAGCUCGCGCGCACGCUCGGCGCGCGGGGCACGGUCGCGCUGUUCGUGAACUAUUAUGUGACCGCGCGGAUUUUGAGGGCGGUGACGCCGGCGUUUGGGCGCUUGGCGGCGGUCGAGGCGCGCUUGGAGGGGGAGUAUCGCGCGGGGGUGGGCCGCGUCGGGCGGGAGAGCGAGGAGGUCGCGUUCUAUGACGGCGGGAGACGCGAGCGCGAUAUACUGUGGCGCGCGUACCUGCGGCUGAUCAAGCACGUCAACUCGAUCUUCAAGAUCCGCAUCGCGUACGAGUGGACGGAGGACUACGUGAUCAAGUAUUUGUGGUCCGCGGCGGGAUACUGCCUCAUCUCGAUCCCUGUGCUGUUCACGCGCAGGCGGUCCGUGGGCGUGCAGACGGGCGCCCGGCCUGCGGAGACGCACGACGAGGUCGCGAGCCGGACAGAGAAUUACAUAUCGUCCCGACGCCUGCUGCUCUCGCUCGCGGACGCCGGGGGGCGGCUGAUGUACGCCUACAAGGACCUCCUCGAGCUCGCGGGCCUCACCGCGCGGCUGUACGCCCUCCUCUCGAACCUGCACCACCUCCCCGCGCUGCCCGCCGCCUCCAGCGCCGCGCCCGCGAUCGGCCUCGAGCACGUCGACGUGAGCAUCCCGACGGAGCCGGGCGCCGCGCCGCUCGUGCACGACUUGAGCCUCGCGCUGGGCGCGGGGGACCAUCUGAUGAUCACGGGCUCGAACGGGGUGGGGAAGACGGCGGUGGCGCGCGUGCUGGCGGGGCUGUGGGCGCCGGGUGGGGGCGGGCGCGUGAGGCGGCCCGGGAGGGGGGACGUGUUCGUCGUGCCGCAGCGCGCGUAUAUGGUUUCCGGGAGCCUGCUGGACCAGAUCGUCUACCCGCACACGUACCCGCAGUUUGUCAAGUCGGGGCGGAGCGAGCGGGAGCUGAUGGAGAUUUUGGAGGCGGCGCAUUUGGCGUAUUUGCCGGAGCGGGAGGGCGGGUGGAUGACGAGGAAGGAGUGGAGGGAUGUGUUGAGCGGGGGCGAGAAGCAACGGAUGGCCAUGGCGAGGGUGUUUUAUCACAAGCCCAAGUUUGCGAUUUUGGAUGAAUGCACGAGCGCCGUGUCUAGCGACGUGGAGGGGCAGAUGUAUAAACACGCCAAGAUGUUGGGGAUCACGCUUAUCACGAUCUCCCUCCGGCCGUCCCUCGCGAAGUACCACACGCAGCUGUUGACGCUC